AUGCGAGAGAUGCUGCAAGCUUUAACCUUCAGGUUUGAGGUUCCACAAGCGACCGUUAUUUCAGAGACCACGGGCCCAACAGUAGAAGUCCCACCUCAGAGGACGUUACCCUCAACCCUUCCUCCGUAUGGGCUACCUUAUGACUUCGUCCCCCGAGCGGAGGUGGCGCACGAAAUGGGGCAAUCUGUCCAACAAGCUGUGCCAUUACCAGUUUACACCGACGCACGUCCAGUCAUCCAUACUGUGGUUCCACCAGCCGCCUAUGCUAGGCAUGUUCCUCAUUAUGAAGAUCAAAACCACAUGUAUCAGACUGUCGACUCAACUGUUGCUGGUGACGAAGUGAGAUUCGAGGAUUUCAGGGAGGUAAAGGAGAACAUGCAGCUCCUUGAGAAAAAGUUCCGAGAUCUAGAAGGAGACCACGUCUUUGGAUCUGCUGCCAAAGAAAUGUGCCUUGUAUCCGGGUUGGUGAUUCCAGCAAAAUUCAAAACCCCGGACUUCGACAAAUACAAGGGGCACACUUGUCCAAAAAGCCAUCUCAUCAUGUAUUAUCGAAAAAUGGCUGCACACGUGGAGGACGACAAGCUGAUGAUCCAUUGGUUUCAAGACAGCUUGAGUGGGGCUCCUUCCAAAUGGUAUCUAAGUCUGGAUCAGAACAGGAUCAGGUGUUUCCAAGACCUGUCAGAUGCGUUCAUAAAACACUACAAAUACAAUAUGGACAUGGCGCCUGACAGAAGACAAUUACAGAGCAUGUUUCAGCAUGAUAAAGAGUCCUUCAAGGAGUACGCUCAAAGAUGGAGGGAACUGGCUUCUCAGGUUGAACCACCUCUGGCUGAGAAGGAAUUGGAUGAAUUGUUUAUCGACACUGUCCAACCCCAGUUCUACGAAAAGAUGGUUGGAAGUGCUUCCUUGGGAUUCUCCGAGCUUGUUGCCAUAGGAGCUCGCGUUGAAUACGGUGUAAGGAAUGGAAAACGGGCGGCUAUAGCUGGAACUUCAAAUGCCAAUCAAAAGAAGUUCUCUGGAGGGUUUCCUAGAAAGAAGGAAAGGGAAACAAAUGCUGUGACUGUUGGUCAAGGAAGAGCUCCUCCAAGAAGGAGACCACAACAAUACUCACCUCAGCAAUAUAUUCAACAACCAAUUCCCUAUCAACCACCCAUGUAUCCCAUCCAGUAUGCUCCGCAACCAUACGUAGCUGCUGUGACGCCUGCGUUCAAUCAACAGCCUGCUCAGGCUUAUCAAGCGCCUCCAACUUAUCGACCAGCUCUAGUUCAACAACGUGCUGCGGCUCCGCCAGCUUAUCAACAAGCACCAGCAGCUCCUGUUUAUCAACAGCCGAGAGCUCAAGCGCCAAGGCAAAAUGCUCAAAACCAUAACAUAAGGCAAGGGGAGAGGGCGACCUUCAAUCCCAUUCCAAUGUCGUACACUGAGUUGUAUCCCUCCCUAUUGCAAAAGGGGUUGGUGGUUCCCAGACCUAUGGGACCUCCACCUGACCGUCUUCCUCCAUGGUACAACCCUAAUGCACACUGUCCUUUUCAUGAAGGUGCCCCCGGGCAUGACCUAGAGGGUUGUUACGCUCUAAAGCAUAGGGUUCGGGAAUUGAUUGAGAGCAAGAUCUUGUCUUUUAAGGACAUGGGGCCGAAUGUGAAGAACAAUCCUCUUCCUCCCCAUGGAGAUCCCGCAAUAAAUGCCAUUGAAGAUGCCUCUGCUGGUGUUACGGUUGAUAAGGUGGAUGAUGUGAAGACUCCUUUGGUGGCAUUCCAUGCCCGAUUGGUGGAAGCUGGCCUGAUUAAUGUAAAUCAUGAAAAUUGUGAAGAGUGUGCCACACAUCCAAAAGGGUGUUAG